UUUCUCGGAAAGCCAUUUUGGUUCCGGUGCAUUUCAGUUCAAACGCGAAGAUGGAGUAAUAAACCUCGGCAGCGAUGGUUGGGAUUGCGCGAGUACGUAUCACAACGCGACGUGUGAGCUGGUGCAAUUUAUGUUUCAGGCGUAUCCCGCCGGCCCGUAUCCCCUCCUUCAAUGAUGCGUACGUGCAGACGUUCAUACCACGGGCAAGCUGGUAAUGCGACGCAACGUCUGGAUAUGGCAUGAAUGAACCUGGCCUGCGCGGGGUGGAGCGAUAAUUCAAAAUCCGCCGUACCCCAGCCCCGGUACGAGCGGGUCGGUUGGUUCGGCUUCGGCUGGCCAGUAGUAGUACCCGAGUACCGCUCCGAAAUCUAAUUCCACCCAUAACACUCGGCAAUCCGCAUUAACUGCAUGCGCCUCUGCUGACUGCUGCCCCGGAUCAGAUGGCCUCCCCUCCCUGCGUUAAUCCCGUGCCGCCCCCCUCCUGCUCUGCGCAGUGCGCACGCCCAUUUCAAAUCCCCACCAAAACCUCCUUCCUUCCGCCAGAGUUUUCGGAGCAGGGCAGCGCAGAGCGGGGCAGGGUUUUCGCGGCGCACCCCACCGUCCAGGUGUCCUCGUCUAGGAGGAGGUCUGGAUCGACGAGAUGCACGCGUGCUUCCAUGGCGGCGGCGGCAGCGGCAGGACCAGGACCAUCAGCAUCAUCCGGGACCUCACCAAGAACAUGAAGUCCAUGUCGCUCAAGAUGAAGGCGGGCGGCGGCGGGGGCAACGCGCGGGCGAGGCGACGGCGGCGGAAAGGGGCGGAAGGGGAGGAGGACCUGGAGCCGCAGGACAAGGACGUGGCCGCGGCGUCGGCGUCCGCCAAGAUAGCGCCGGAGGAGCGAGAGGGGAAGACGCGUGCGCCAUGCGACCGGUGCCGCUCCGGCCUGGAAGACGUCCCCGAGGAGGGGGAAGAGGAGGAGGAGGCGGCGGCGGCGGACCAUACGACCGGGGAGGAGCAGAGCGAUGGCGAGUGGGUGGCGGAGCCGGAGCCCGGGGUGCUGAUGACGCUGGUGUCGCGCCCCGACGGCACCAACCACCUCCGCAAGCUGAGGUUCCGGGAGGAGCUGUUCGACGGGCCCCGGGCGGCGCAGCGCUGGUGGGCGGACAACUACGACAGCAUCGUCGAGCUCUACAGCAUCGUGCAGUCCACCGGAGCGUCGCACGAGGAGGAGGACGCCGAGGACGGCAUCGACGACGACGAGCCCGCGACGCCGUGCCAGUCGGAGGACGACCACCACCAACCGCGGCGGUGGCCGCGGCUGGGGUGCGACUCGGCCUCCACCUCGGCCGGCCCGUCCAGCGGAAGCGGAAGCGGCAGCGGCAGCGGCGGUGGGUCGGCCAGCACCGUGGGCUCGCCAAUACUGGGCCUCGUCGUCGCCACGCCUCCUAACAAGGGCGAGAGAAGCCCGGGCCAAGCACAAUCACACAAACACAAGUGUCGUUCCUUGCACAUAAAUUAGACAGAAAUGGUUAUUAUUUUUAGGGUUUUCUCCAGUCUUUCGUGCCCAUCAUCUUACAGAAGCAGGCCUGGGCACGGGUUUUACAGCUUUUGUUUAUACUGAUUCACUGGUUCUCAUUUGUAUUCGAUACUUCCUGCAAGGCUGUAAACAACGGCCAGCAUUUUCCUGCAAGGGGUGGCUUGGGCAGUUGGAGCAGUAAAAAUCGGCUAUGGCCUAUGGAUGGAACAUUGGUAUGAUGACAAAUGUUUAAUUCUGGGAGGA